GGGGUUUGAUCGGAUGUGUGAUAAGGCUAAUGGAAUGAGAAAUGGAUUUGAGCGGAUAAUUCGCAUUCGUGCUGCGACGUGAUAUAUUUGCACUUUGAAGAGCGUGGACGUAUUAGCCAGGGAAUUGUAAUGCGGAAUCUCCAGCACAUGAUGCAUCCUCCCUCGAGUGCCACGAAUGAGUUAUGGCGAGAGGAGCCUCAAGUGGCUGGGUGCUAUUUAGGCCAUCAAAAUGUUGGUUCAGUGUAGCAGUUUUGUCUACAUCUCAUCUCACUGUUUCUGGUAUCUGCUGCGUGAGCAGUGUGUUUUUGACGCAAAGCAUUGUAAUAUUUCCUUCGGCUGAUCUGUAAACAGAAGCUAGAGCACAACUCUACUUUGCUAUGCUGUUCUGUGACGACUCGAGCUCUUCGGAGCUUCGGAUUGUCCAUCCUGCUCCUCACGCUCUCGAUUUACGGCGCCGGUUUCCGCGGUUUGGGCUUCCAAGGCAGCUAAGGGUGAUCUAGUUUAAAGGGUAUAGGGAGCUUCCAAUUAUUAAGUAUAUAGGAGUUAUGCUUUUUGUCAUCUGCGCACAACAUUUCGGAUACAAAAAACAUUCAUGGAUAUAAAAUCUGAAAACCAGUUCAAAUCCUGGGUUUGCGUUUUGCAGAGCAGAGGCGGUAGGUGUGUUCACGGUAUAUGAUACCAAGGGGGUGACAAUUAGGUAGUGUGUCUCUACACACAAUCGUUGUGAACGGGCUAGUACCCAUCUUCUCAUUCAGAUACUGGAAUCCCUUGUGGCGGGGUUUCUGUGGAUUCGAAGCCCCACGAUCUCUUUGGGUUACAAGUCCUUUCGAUUGCAUUGAGGAUGGAGGCGCCACCUCCUCUACCUCCCGGUGUCACCUCUGCUUACACAAACAGCGGCUAUGGAGUUGAGCCCGAGUGGUUGAACAAGGGAGACGCCGCAUGGCAAUUGGCAGCCGCUACGUUGGUAGGAAUUCAGAGUAUGCCGGGCUUGGUCAUCUUGUAUGGUAGCAUCGUGAAGAAGAAAUGGGCGGUGAACUCAGCGUUCAUGGCAUUGUAUGCCUUUGCAGCUACGGCAAUUUGCUGGGUGUUAUGGGCUUAUAAAAUGUCUUUUGGGGAGCAGCUGGUUCCGAUCUGGGGCAAGGCGGGCUCUGUCCUGGGAUUUGAAUUCUUGCUGUCCCAGGCGGGCCUGCCAUCCUCAGCUCACUAUGAUUCAAACGGAGCUCUAGUGACGCCAGCUCUGAAAGCACAUUUCGGAAUGGCCAGUAUGGUGUUGUUCCAGUUCUUCUUCGCCGCCCUCACGGUUAUCCUGUUGGCGGGCUCUGUCCUGGGGCGUAUGAGUUUUCGAGCCUGGAUGUUGUUUGUGCCGCUUUGGCUCACGUUCUCGUAUACAGUUGGAGCUUUCACCAUGUGGGGAGGCGGGUUUCUGUGGCAAUGGGGUGUCAUUGACUAUGCCGGCGGCUACGUAAUCCAUGUCUCCUCCGGCGCUGCUGGUUUCGUUGCGGCCUACUGGGUUGGACCGAGACUACCCAAGGAUCGCGAGAGAUUUCCUCCCAACAACAUGCUGCUUGUGCUUACAGGUGCAGGGCUGUUAUGGCUGGGGUGGUCAGGUUUCAACGGCGGAGCGUCUUUCAGCGCUCACGUCGUCACUGGUUUAGCUGUUCUCAACACCCAUAUAUCUGCCGCUACGAGCAUGUUGACAUGGACUGCCAUGGACGUGUUCUUCUUCGGAAAGCCUUCUGUUAUUGGUGCCGUUCAAGGCGUGAUGACAGGUCUUGUGGUUAUCACACCAGCUGCAGGUUUGGUGCCAGGAUGGUCCGCCUUACUUAUGGGGAUAUUAGCUGGAAGCAUCCCCUGGUGGACCAUGAUGGUUCUUCACAAGAGAUGGUGGGUGCUUCAGAAAGUGGACGAUACAUUAGGCGUAAUUCACACACACGGUGUCGGCGGGGUCUUGGGCGGUAUCUGUGUGGGCCUUUUCGCAGACCCCACACUCUGCAAAUACAUGCAUGUAGCCGGGGACUACACUAAUGGAGCAUUCUACGGUGGUAACGGCGGCAUCCAGCUUCUGAAGCAGAUCGUUGGCGCUCUUUUUAUCGCUGGGUGGAACUUGGUGCUCACAACGCUCAUCCUCUUCGCCAUCGGGCUCGUCACACCGCUCCGCAUGUCGGAAGAGCACUUGUUGGUCGGUGACGACGCGGAGCAUGGGGAGGAGGCAUACGCGCUGUGGGGAGACGGCGAGAAAUUUGACGUCACCCGACACCCCACCGCCACUAUUGCAGCUGAGUUCGAGCAGCGCAGCGCUGUGAAUUACGCUGAUCGCGCUGUCACUUUGCACAUCUGAGCAAAGCACAAUCGCCACAUACCACAACGGAGUCUCGCGACGUGCUUCGUCAUCUACAGCGCGUAUCUCAACAAGUCAGUAUUGGGACGGCCACUUCUGAAUGCCAUACAUUUGCGCGCGUGCACUAGAAUCCUAUUUCUUCUUGUGAUCUCAUCACCAGAGAAAUCGGGUCCACUGCACGAGCCUUCGACAAAUCUUCUAGCAUCUAAAUUCUUUUAAUCUGUUUGGUCUCUCUUGGCGCAUUCUCUCAGGUUCGUACUCUAGACAAAACUUAAUUUUGACCACCGCAUUCGGCCACUUUUAAGCUCGAAUCACAUUCCGAAACACAAAACACAAAUGAAGCAUUGAGAUUGUUAAAGCAAUGGACAUUUUCCUCUGGAUCGAAACCAAAAGACGUUGAAGUGGAGAAGUUACGGCAGUUUUGCAGCAGAGAAACUGUCAUCAGAUAAUCGCAUGCAUGUUUUUUGGAUAGCUUCCCCACAGAUAACAUAUCUGUCAAUCCAGAUUCUACAGCGAACAUAGGGCUAACAACACCCUCUAACCUGAUUGACGGAUUGAGCUAGUGUUGCUAACGGAAUAGUUCAUGAUCCUCAGAUUCUUUGCACAGCAUUGUGCGUCAUUGUACUUUUUUCUGAUAAUGGAACUUUCAAGAUAUGUUUUGCUCCUCA